AUGUCUCAUGACAUGCCCAUGCCCAUGCCCAUGCCUAAUGCCACCAUGAACCACAUGGCCAUGAUGCACAUGACCUUCUUCUGGGGCAAAGAUGUCAUCAUGUUAUUCAAUGAUUGGCCAAAUGGUAAGUUAGGCAUGUACAUAUCGGGGUUGCUUUUUGUCUUUGUCCUUGCCAUUGCAGUUGAGUUUUUCUCGGUCUUUCCUACCAUCAAGACAGGGGCAAAUCCGUUCGUCAGCGGAUUGACUCAGGCUUCAGUUUAUGGACUUCGGAUGGCUCUUGCAUACAUUGUAAUGUUGUGUGUGAUGUCAUACAAUCUUGGUGUUUUUAUUUUUGUGGUGGUAGGACAUGCUGUCGGGUUUUUUCUAGUGAAGUAUCGGGCGGCAUUGAAAAUAAAAGAUAAUCCGGUAUAA